AUGCCCUCUCAAACUGUUUUCAUCACUGGUGCCACUGGAUUCAUUGCUCAGUACAUCAUUGAUGAAUUACUAAAACAAGAGAAUAAAGUUAUUGGUUCAGUUCGUUCAAUUGCCAAAGGUGAUAAUCUGGUUAAAUUGUUUCAAAAUGAUAAAUUCUCAUAUGUUGUUAUCAAAGAUUUGAUUGAAUCUAAACAAGAUUUUGAUAAAGUGUUGAAAGAGAAUCCAGAUAUUGAAAUUGUCUUACAUACAGCUUCACCAGUUACUAAAACUGAAGGAAAUGUUGAAGAAACUUAUUUAAAACCUGCUAUAAACGGUACUGAAAAUGUAUUGAACUCAAUCUUAGAAUUUGGUACUAAUGUGAAGAGAUUUGUUUACACUUCAUCAAAUUCUGCAGUUCAUUCCAAAAAUCGUGAAAGUCCAAAAUUUGUUGAAACUGAAGAAUCUUGGAAUGAUGUUACAUGGGAUCAAGCUAUUGCGGAUCCAUCAACUUAUGGAUAUUCUGCCUCUAAAACAUUUGCUGAGAAAGCUGUUUGGGAAUUUGUUAAAUCUAAAACCCCAACUUUUGAAACAAGUGUUGUAAAUCCAGUUUUUGUAUUUGGACCUCAAUUAUUUAAAGAAUCAAUUGAGAAUCAAUUGAAUUUUUCAAAUGAUUUCAUUUAUUCUUUCUUCAGAGAUGGUGAGAAUUAUAAAAAAUUUCAAGGUUCAUUCAUUGAUGUUCGUGAUGUGGCAAAAGCUCAUUUAUUAGCAUUCCAAAAUGAAAAUACAAUCAAUAAAAGAUUGAUUUUAAAAGAAUCUACAUUUACUGAACAAACUUUAUUAGAUUUGAUCCAUAAAGAAUUCCCAAUCUUGAAUGAUAAAAUUCCUAAAGGUGAACCUGGUAGUGAUGAAGAAAUUUUAAAGAAAAGGGUUAUUUUAGAUAAUUCAAAAACAAAAGAGAUUUUAGGAUUUAAAUUUAAAUCAUUAAAACAAACUAUUCAUGAUACUGUGGAACAGAUUAUUGAAGUGAAAGGGUAUUGA